UCUGCUCUCCCUCUCCCAUGGCCACCCUAGAAAUUCAAUCUCCGGAUCCCACCACCAAACUCUCGAACCGGCCUGAAACCAUUGCAGAUAAUUCCGUAGAUGAAGAUCAUGAGCUGAUCUCUCCGGUGGAAGAAGUCCAGCUAACCGUGACGAACACCGACGACCCGACCCUGCCCGUGUGGACGUUUCGGAUGUGGAGCUUGGGCCUCAUCUCAUGCGGUCUCCUCUCCUUCCUUAACCAGUUCUUCGCCUACCGGAAAGAGCCAAUCGUCAUAACCCAAAUCACUGUCUUGGUGUCCACCCUACCAAUAGGCCGUUUCAUGGCAGCCACACUCCCAACAACCCAGUUUAGAAUACCGGGGUUUGGCUCUAGGUUGUUCUCCCUCAACCCUGGUCCGUUUAACAUGAAAGAGCACGUACUCAUUUCCAUCUUCGCCAAUGCCGGUACAGCAUUCGGAAAUGGUCCGGCUUAUUCUGUUUACAUCGUUGAUAUCAUCAUAGCCUUCUAUCGCCGGAAAAUAUCGUUUUUGGCUGGUUGGCUUCUUAUUAUCACUACUCAGGUACUAGGAUAUGGUUGGGCUGGGCUAUUGAGGAAGUACGUGGUGGAGCCGGCCCAAAUGUGGUGGCCUUCUACUCUGGUCCAAGUCUCAAUUUUCCGGGCUCUGCACGAGAAAGAAGAGAAGCGCACAAUCACACGGGGGAAGUUCUUCCUAAUUGCAUUAAUAUGCAGUUUUUCAUGGGCAAUAGUGCCGGGCUACCUCUUCUCAACAGUCACAAACAUCUCAUGGGUGUGCUGGGCAUUCUCAAACUCAGUUACUGCCCAGCAAAUUGGCUCAGGCAUGCAAGGCCUUGGACUCGGAGCAUUUACACUAGAUUGGGCUGCCGUGGCCUCCUUUUUGUUUAGCCCCCUCAUCAGCCCCUUCUUCUCCAUUAUGAACAUCUUUGCAGGCUAUGUUUUGAUUGUCUACAUUGCAAUCCCCAUAGCAUAUUGGGGGUUUAACUUGUACGGUGCUAAUAAAUUUCCCAUUUUCUCUUCUGAUUUGUUUACAUCCCAAGGACAAGCAUACAACACCACAAUCAUUGUCAAUGACAAGUUUCAAUUAGAUCUAACAAAGUACGAGGAGCAAGGGCCAGUUCACAUGAGCAUGUUUUUUGCUCUCACUUAUGGAUUUGGCUUUGCCACUGUUGCUGCCACCCUUACGCAUGUGGCCUUUUUUAAUGGAAGAGAAAUUUAUGAGCGAUUCCGAGCUUCGUACAUAGGCAAGGAUGAUAUUCAUACAAGGUUGAUGAGAAGAUACAAGGACAUACCUUCCUGGUGGUUUUACUUGUUGCUUGCUGUGACACUUGCAGUUUCCCUUGUAAUUUGCAUCGUUUUGAAUGAUCAGGUCCAAAUGCCAUGGUGGGCACUCUUCUUUGCCAGUGCCAUAGCCUUUACUUUCACCCUUCCAAUUAGUGUCAUAACUGCCACAACAAACCAGACACCAGGGUUAAACAUAAUAACAGAGUACAUAAUGGGUCUGAUAUAUCCAGAAAGACCAAUUGCUAAUGUAUGCUUCAAAGUCUAUGGCUAUAUGAGCAUGGCUCAAGCAGUGUCCUUCCUCAGUGAUUUCAAGCUAGGACAUUACAUGAAGAUUCCACCCAGAUCAAUGUUCUUAGUUCAGUUUGUAGGAACAAUUGUUGCCGGAACAAUCAACAUGGGAGUGGCAUGGUGGCUGCUAAACUUCAUUCAUCAUAUAUGUCAGCCACAACUCCUUCCUGCCAAUAGUCCCUGGACAUGCCCUAACGAUCGAGUUUUCUUCGAUGCAUCUGUGAUAUGGGGCUUAGUGGGGCCGAGACGAAUCUUUGGAACUUUAGGGAGCUAUGAGGCCAUGAAUUGGUUCUUCCUCGGAGGUUUGAUUGGUCCAGUUAUCGUUUGGCUAUUGCACAAGGCAUUCCCCAAGCAAUCUUGGAUCCCAUUUAUUAACCUUCCAGUCCUUCUGGGGGCAACUGGAAAUAUGCCACCGGCAACACCCUUGAACUACAAUUCUUGGGUUUUGGUCGGAAUAUUUUUCAAUUAUUUUGUAUUCAAGUAUCGAAAGCAAUGGUGGCAGAGGUACAAUUAUGUUCUUUCAGGAGCAUUGGAUGCUGGGGUUGCUUUCAUGGGAGUGCUACUAUACUUUUCAUUGGGCAUGAAGGGAAAAGGUGUGACUUGGUGGGGUACAGGUGGUGAACACUGUGAUUUGGCAUAUUGUCCAACGGCAAAGGGCAUAGCGGUUGAUAAUUGUCCAGUACAUCAUUAAUGCUUUGUAUUUAACUUUUAGAGUAAUAACUCAUGUAAUUUAACUUGAAAAUGCAUUCCAA